UACCCUUCUCUUUGAGUCUGCCUCGCCACCUCCUUUUAUCCCAUCUUUCCUCGUCGUUUCCGAGGGUACUCAUUGUAAUUACAAUCAAAUCCUGUCUUUUUCAGUCAUUUCACCCCUUUUCCACUACAAUUUCGUUCUCACGAAACUAACCCUAUGCGUGCCCUUUUUCGUCAAUAAUUUUUCCCCUUUCCGAUCUCCGUCUUUCCUCCCGCAAUUUUAUCCGUUUCCUUCUUCUAUUCUUCGAAUACGUAUCGGAUUUGAUUUUCCCUCUCUUUCGUCUGUUGAUUGAUCCUUGUAUCGGCUCUGGCUGUGGCUCGAAUCAAUUUCUAGGGUUAGGGUUUCGGUAAUUUUCAGAUCUGUGUAAUCUUCUUGUAGAUUAAGUGGUUUUUUCUGAUGGGUCUUGUUUUUCAUUCAGAGUUCGUACGUAUUAUGUAAAAAAUUUCUAUCUCUUUCGGUUUCUAGAUUUAGGUUUGUUGACGGACUUUCCGAUUUAUAGAUCUGUUUGUUUGCGGGUUCUCUUGUAAAAAUUGUUCUUUUUCUGUCUGUGGGUCUGACUAAUUGUGUGUUUUGGUAGAUAAUCGGAAGAUCUAGAGUUAGGGUUUCAAGAUAUUUGGGACUUUAUAAUUAGUUAUCAAUUGAGUGAAAGGGAGGCCUAAUUUAUCCAAUUAAUUACGUUUACAGCUUGCAGAAGUUGUCGAUCUGAGCUCCAAGUUUCGAAUUUAGGGAUCUGUAGUAUUGAUUGAACAUUGAAGACAUUAUAAUUUAAGACAAGCAUGGUACAAAAGCGGCCUUUUGAAGAAGAGGAAUCAUUGGGCGUUUCUUCUAAGCAUGUGAAACAUGUGGGACAUGGUGAGGGUGGAUAUAUUCAAAAUAAUACUCAAGCUGAUGAAAAUCUAGCAAGUGAUGGCUUUACUGAACGUCAAGCAAGUGCUGAUGUUGAAAGCAGUGGUCCUGGCUGCAUCUCUAUCUCUUCUGGGCCCACAAGUGGUACCACCGAAGAGGAUUCCCAGCCAGGGACACCAGUUUUUGUACCAGUAUGCUCAGAACGUUUUUAUCCUGAAUGUGCGCACUUGGCGGUGGAUCAUCCCAGAGAUCUCUAUUCAUUCCUUAUGAAUCAUCCUCCACGAAAAUCUGUUCCUGUUGGGCAAAAUCAUCAAGCUGAUAUUCCAGCAUGGGGCUCACAGUAUGCUGGAGUUGAAGAUGAAGAAGUUUAUAUGGGAACUUGUAUCAUUCCAAUGACUGAUUCAUCACCACCUGAUUUUUAUGGCCGGCUUGGAAUUGGUAGAAGUGACUGUCAUUGUGAGGAUUGGGGCUCUGUCAGAUGUGUGAAACAGCAUAUAUUAGAAGCAAGAAGGGAACUAGAAAUAUAUCUUGGGAAAGAAAAAUUGGCAGAGCUUGGGUUCCAUGACAUGGGGGAGGUAGUGGCUAAUAAUUGGAGCAAUGGGGAGGAACAAAUGUUUCACAAGAUUGUCUAUUCCAAUCCUGCUUCAUUGGGUAGGAAUUUCUGGAGCAUUCUUUCUGCUGUCUUCCCUUCCAGGAAAAAAAGUGAAAUUGUCAGCUAUUACUUUAAUGUCUUUAUGCUUCAAAAGCGGGCUGAGCAGAACAGAUAUUACCCGUUGAAUAUCAAUAGUGAUAAUGAUGAGUGGCAGGGUAGUGAUGAUUAUGGUGCCAAUGAAACUGGGAUGUCAGAUGAUGAUGAUGAGGAUGAGGAUGAGGACUCUGUUGUUGAGUCACCUGCAUACCAUCCUGGUUUGGGUUAUCAGAGCCGUGAAGAUAACUUGAAUAUUUAUGAGGGGUAUGCUGAAGAAAACUAUAAAGCACAUAACAGUAAUGAGAAUACAAAUUCUGUUUGUGAUAGGGGCAUCACCAAUAAUUCAGAUGCAUAUCCUGGGAAGUUACCGAAUGGUUGUGAUUCCACACCCUCAUCUAAGCUCCAAACCGAUACUCCAGGUGAUGAAAAGGGAGACCGAGAAGUCCAAGAUGACUCGUGCACAUCUUCUGAUACUGCAGCAGCUCUGCAGGGACCCCAAAUGAAGUUGGAGAAAGGUGACUACUGGCCAGUUAGCUUUAAUGAGAUGAGCAACGCUAGUAGCCAUGAAGAUGUAUUGGAGUCUUGUGAUGCUAAAGUUUGGGAUGGUGGCUAUACAAUUUGCCAUCAAAAUAAAGUUGAUUUAUUACCAACUUGCAGUAUGAUUGAGGAAGUUUUUGGAGAUGGGUCAUGGAAUUUCAAGGUGAGAGACGGCAAGGCUUGAGUCAGUUUCUUGUAUUGAGAUAUGGGUGAUAAUUUUUCUGCACACCGGUGAAUAAUUAGAAGAAUAUUCUUGUAGGAAAAGGUAUAGGGUCCAAUUUUCUUAUGAACGAGAAGUUUAAUUUUUUCCUUUUGUACAAAAUCAUAUCAGUGAUGAUAUUCCAGCCGGUACUGUAAUAUAGCCGUUAAGAAGGUUAUUGGUUUUCA